UAGUACGAGGUAGUUUCCCGAUCCCGACGACUAAACCGCGAAUUCUCCCAGUGGGCACGGCGCUGAAUAAUUUUUAGUCGCCGAGGGAAAACCUCGAAACUCCCUCAAAAAAGGGACGCACUCUUCUGCACGACACCCUCUCACAGCGAGAAAUCACGACGCCGACGUAUAUACUAUAUACAUACAUAUAUCCACAGAGAGAGAGAGAGAGAGAGAGAGAGAGAGAGAGAGAGAGAGUCUGUGUUUCAUCAGAUCUUGAGAUCUAGGGCACUCCCUUGCACCCAAUUCGCAUUGAAGAAUCACUCCAUUCGGUUGAUGGACAAUGGGGUACAUAGACAAAUUGCCAGCAAUGGAUCUGAUGCGGUCGGAGAAGAUGACUCCCGUUCAGCUCAUUAUCCCCGUCGAGUCCGCUCGCCGUGCCGUCUCCUACCUCGGCCAACUCGGUCUUCUCCAAUUCCGGGACUUAAAUGCUGAUAAAAGCCCUUUCCAACGAACAUUUGUGAAUCAGGUAAAAAGAUGUGCAGAGAUGUCAAGGAAGCUUCGAUUUUUCAAAGAUCAAAUACAUAAAGCUGGUCUAAUGUCUGCUCCUCGUCCUAUUUUGCAACCAAAAAUGGAGUUGGAGCAAUUAGAGAUUCAACUCGCUGAGUAUGAACAUGAGUUGUUGGAAAUGAACAAUAACAGCGAGCAACUACGACAAUCCUACAAUGAGCUGUUAGAGUUAAAGAUUGUACUGCAGAAGGCAGGUGGUUUCCUUGUUUCGAGUAAGAGUCAUGUAGUUUCAGAGGAAAUAGAACUAGAUGAUCAUGUGUACUCUAAUGAGGACUAUGCAGAUACAACAUCUUUACUUGAAAAGGAGAUGAGACCAGGACCUUCAAAUCAAUCUGGUUUAAGCUUCAUUAGUGGCAUUAUCAUUAGAUCGAAAGUUCUUAUGUUUGAGCGGAUGUUGUUUCGUGCUACAAGAGGCAACAUGCUUUUCAGUCAGGCACCAGCUGAUGAAAAAAUCCUGGAUCCUGUAUCAACUGAUAUGGUUGAGAAAAUGGCAUUUGUGGUGUUCUUCUCAGGGGAGCAGGCAAAAACAAAAAUACUGAGAAUUUGUGAAGCAUUUGGUGCAAAUUGCUAUUCUAUACCUGAAGAUAUAACAGAACAGAGGCAACUAAAUCGAGUGGUUUUGUCUCGUCUCUCUGAAUUGGAAGCCACCUUGGACGCUGGUAUCCGUCACCGAAAUAAUGCUCUAACAUUUAUCGGAUCUCAGCUAUCAAAAUGGAUUGACAUGGUUAGAAGGGAAAAGGCUGUGUAUGAUACGUUGAAUAUGCUUAAUUUUGACGUGACCAAAAAGUGUCUUGUUGGAGAGGGCUGGUGCCCAAUUUUUGCAAAAACUCAGAUUCAGGAAGUGUUGCAACGGGCAACGUUUGAUAGCAAUUCACAAGUGGGUGUCGUAUUUCAUGCGAUGGAUGCUGUGGAAUCACCUCCAACAUACUUUAGAACCAACCGCUUUACGAAUUCAUUUCAGGAAAUUGUUGAUGCGUAUGGUGUUGCUAGAUAUCAGGAAGCAAAUCCGGCGGUGUAUACUAUUAUUACAUUCCCAUUUCUUUUCGCUGUGAUGUUUGGGGACUGGGGUCAUGGAAUAUGUUUGUUGUUGGGAGCCUUAUUCCUUAUAUCUCGCGAAAGCAAGCUUGGGUCACGGAAACUUGGGAGUAUUAUGGAGAUGGUAUUUGGCGGCCGCUAUUUGCUUCUUUUGAUGUCUCUGUUUUCGAUUUACUGUGGGCUCAUUUACAAUGAGUUCUUUUCUGUUCCCUAUCAUAUAUUUGGAGGUUCUGCUUACAAAUGCCGAGAUGCUACAUGCAGUGAUGCACAUUCUGUUGGAUUGGUGAAAUUCCAAGAUGCAUACCCGUUUGGAGUCGAUCCCAGCUGGCGUGGAAGUCGUUCAGAGCUUCCUUUCUUGAACUCUCUCAAAAUGAAGAUGUCUAUUUUAUUGGGUGUCACCCAGAUGAACCUAGGAAUCAUAUUAAGUUACUUCAAUGCUCGCUUCUUUCAUAAUUCACUGGAUUUUAGGUAUCAGUUUUUGCCACAGAUGAUCUUUCUAAACAGUCUUUUUGGAUAUCUAUCAAUGCUUAUUGUCAUCAAGUGGUGCACCGGUUCUCAAGCUGACCUCUAUCAUGUAAUGAUAUACAUGUUUCUGAGUCCAUUUGAGGAUCUUGGUGACAAUCAGUUGUUUCCGGGCCAGAAAGCACUUCAGAUCAUAUUGUUGCUUUUGGCGAUUAUUGCAGUUCCAUGGAUGCUUUUUCCAAAACCAUUCAUUUUGAAGAAGCUUCACUCUGAGAGAUUUCAGGGGCGUACAUAUAAGAUGCUUGGAACCUCAGAGAUGGAUAUGGAUGUUGAACCACAUUUCGCUAGGCAACAUGACGAGGAUUUCAAUUUCAGUGAGGUCUUCGUACAUCAAAUGAUACAUUCUAUUGAGUUUGUUCUUGGUUCUGUUUCCAAUACCGCGUCAUACCUUCGGCUUUGGGCUUUAAGCUUGGCCCAUUCUGAAUUGUCAACUGUUUUCUAUGAGAAAGUCCUCCUCCUUGCCUGGGGGUAUGACAGCAUCAUCAUUCGGUUGGUUGGUCUGGCGGUUUUUGCCUUUGCAACAGCCUUCAUAUUACUAAUGAUGGAGACCCUUAGUGCUUUCCUUCACGCCUUGCGUCUCCAUUGGGUGGAAUUCAUGAACAAGUUUUAUCACGGCGAUGGCUACAAGUUCAGACCUUUCUCCUUUGCCUCGUUAACUGACGCCGACGAUUAGCUCAUUCUACUCCCCAUUCUAGACUUAUUUACAAAGAAGAAAGCGUAUAGAUAAAACAACUGUUACUUCCGGCAAAGGUAAAAGCAGAGAGUGGAUCCACUCUUCUUUAACGCAAAAUUUUGGCUGGUAAGAAAUCACUUUUACUUUAGAACCAUAGGGAUCGAUUAGUUUAGAAAUGUAAAACCCUAGCUUGAUUCUUAUGGGGUGUGGGUAUGUAUGUAUGGAAGGAUUCUGCACGGGAGGGCUGGUAAUUUUCUGUUUUUUUUUUAACCCCUGGGAUGCUAUUGUUUUGGACAGCAUAUCUAUAGAAAUUUACACAAAUAUACACACUUGCUGGUA